CGACGUCUGCUCGCACUCAACGUGACGAAGCGAUACAGUACACGUCUGCUCGCGCUCAACGUGACGAAGCGAUACAGUCCACGUCUGCUCGCGCUCAACGUGACGAAGCGAUACAGUCCACGUCUGCUCGCGCUCAACGUGACGAAGCGAUACAGUCCACGUAUGCUCGCGCCCAACGUGACGAAGCGAUACAAGUCGACGUCUGCUCGCACUCAACGUGACGAAGCGAUACAGUACACGUCUGCUCGCGCUCAACGUGACGAAGCGAUACAAGUCCACGUCUGCUCGCGCUCACUCGUACAAAGGUUUGCGACGACGCAUCACAAUCAAAAGCAGUGA